UAGUGAAUACGCCUUAAGUAAAAACGCUGUCUUGCAACCCGUUUGGGUAGCCUACGUGCAAAGUCACCCCAGAAAUGACCUAGGCGACUUUAGAUCUGCAGUCGACUAGGCCAUUUAGGGUGACUUUACAGGUAUGUAGGCUACCUCGAGAUGACUGGUGCGUGACGCAGCAUGACUGGCCUGCGUGCGCAAAAGCUGCGCUCAGGAGGUGUUGGCCAUGGGGCGAGACAACUAGUUGGCUUAUCAGUAGUCAGUUUCGUUUUUCUUUUGAACCCUAUUAAAAGGCAACAGGUUCCUCGGAAAUCAUUCCUAUGCCAGCAUUCAGUCGUUUCAAACGACUGCUGAGGUCCAUUGGUCACUUAAUCUUCUUCUACGCAAAAAAGUUCCAUUUAAUACCAUACCGAUUUAUUUCCGUGGUCUCGGGUGUCUUCAGAAUGUUUGUGGGCAAUGAAGAUUCAAACCAAGGAGGUAGUUCGAAUUGGACUGAGCAUAGGCCAAGUAAUGACAACGGCCUGGAGCACGACGAAGACUCCGAGGAUUUAAUUUGUGAAUAUGACUCUACGUGGGAUGAGUAUGACGAUAAUCAAUCAAACAGGAAAAAGGUCAAGAAGACAAAGCACCAAAGGUCACCGAGGAGAUGGCUUAUGAGCAGCUGGUCAAUGGGCAGAAACUCCAAUGCUGCCAGGGACAUGCAAACUUAUAGACACGACUACCCAACUCUGGUGGACCCUGCACCUUGUCAAGAUUUCCGUAACCAUCCAAAUUUGCGAUUCUACAGAAAUGAAAUCCCAUCUCGACCUGACAAUAUGACCAUAGAGGAGUUUCAUAAUAACUGGUGGGGUGAUUACAAAAAGCUGGAGAGAGUCCAUUCAUACAUCCAGUGGCUGUUCCCACUGCGGGAGGAGGGUAUGAACUACCAAGCGCAUACCCUCACACAAGCCGAAAUAAAGGCCUUUGUUGCAGAUGAGGCUGCAAAAGAGAGACUGAGGACUUCAUAUGAGCUGAUGUUGGACUUUUAUGGAAUAAAACUGGUCAACGAUAAAACGGGGGAAGUGGAAAGAGCACAACACUGGGAAUCACGCUUUGACAAUCUCAAUUGGAAUACACACAACAACCUCCGCAUCACUCGUAUCCUGAAGUGUUUAGGCACGCUGGGAUUCAAACACUACCAGGUGCCCCUGGUACGCUUCUUUCUGAGGGAAACUCUGGUGAACAGACAGCUCGAAAAUGUGAAGAGCAGUGUUCUGGACUACUUCAUGUUCUCUGUCCUCGACAAAGCACAGCGCAGAAAACUGAUUCAAGAAGCCUUCACAAUGUUCGAGAAGACCAAAAGAGGCACAGAAAAGUUUCUGUGGUGCCCCAAGUGGGUGCAGGAACAGUUCAAGAAAACCGAUACAAGCAGCAGGGACAGUGGGACUCUGUUGCGCAGAGCAGGGGUAGCUCCGUCCACUUCUGAAGGAGUAAAGCAAUGUGUGAAAAAGCCAGCCAACAGUCAUGCAAAAACGAAAGUUGACACAUCAGAACCUGAGCAAGGUGGUGAAGUCUCUGCAGAUAACACUAAAGAUGUUGACGAAGGAUCUGCUGGGAACGCAGACAACUCCAUUCAUGAAAUGGAGUCAGAAAAUGCCCCUAAUGGCAGCUCAGUUAGUGCACUUGCAAAUGAUGAGCAAGGCUCUCAGGAUGAGACAGGAAAUAAAACCAUACAAGAUGACAAAAGUGUUAAAGAACAGACAAACCAGGAAGUCAUGGCAGCAGGAUGUCCCAUUGCUCUUGAAAUAAAUAAAGUAGAAACAGGAAGUACUGAAAAUUCGCCCACUAAAGAUGACACCGCCACUGAGGGCAAGCCCAAAUCCACUGCAAUUGUCUCUGAUAAAGAAGUUCAAACUAACAUGCAGACAGAGAAGACACCCGUCACAGUUGAUGAUGGUGAAAAGGGGGAAAUAGAAACGCAAGCUGAGAAGUCAGGUGAGGGGUCAGACAGUGUGGUUGUUGGGGACACCAUUUCUACAACUCUGUAGUAAAGAGUAGUGGUCGCCCAUUACUAAGCACCCAGAAACUACCAAUGCAAGACAUAAUUGAAGGUUCUAAUGAAGAUCUGGGGUUAAAGACGAGUUUGUGAAGACAGCUUGAAAUAGGCUAUAGCCUACCUUUCAAGGCUGAGUAAUGAGAGCUGUAAUUGUGCAAUUACAUUUUACAAUACUGCAAUAGAUUUAGUCUAGUCACACCACUGACGCCUUCUUGUUGUAAAAUAAAUAACAAAAGUAUUGCUCAGGAAGUGUUAAUCUGUUACACUUUAAAGAUUUUCAUUUUUACUUAUAAGUACUGAUUUUUUAAAUGCUUCACAUUUAACAGUAAUUGAUCACCCAUUGUUCAUCUAUGCAUUUUUUCAAUGUCAAGAGAAUGCACACCAAAAAAAAAAAAAAAACAUUUGACAGUGCUGUUGUAUUGUACCUUCUUUUUUGAUGACUAAAUAUUGAGACCGAGUGUCUUGAAAUUCUAGUGUUAUGAAAAAAAUAAAUGAUUGAAUAUAUUUGUGUCAGUGUUCGUUAACAUUAUUACUCUUUAGGACAAGUUUCCCCUUGCAUCAUUGCUGUCUGCCACAUCUUGAGGUGUCAAUUAUAGAUUACAAGUGAGCAAUAUUAACUGAAAUUCCUAUGAUUUUCACUGUCAACAUAGUCAACUGAACUUUCAUAGUCCCUGGU